AUCACAUUCAUUGUUUCCUUUCCCUUUCACUUUCCCUUUCCUCAAAAAUAACAAAUAAAGAGAAGAUAAGCUCAAAACCCCAUAGCAUCAUUUUACACCACCCACCCCACCCCACCCCACCAAAAGUCGUAAUUCUCACUCCCUAUCAUAUUCCCUUUUAACCUUUUAUUAUCAGUAUAUGAGCUGCUGAUAAUUUCCAUUAUUUCCAAAAAUUGGGUGAUAAAAAUGGCGAUUUCGGACAGAGUAGUGGGGAAUUUGACAACGUUGUACUUAUUGGUGAUAGCUGCUAUGAAGGCUUAUGGAUUGAUGACUGGGCGGAGCUACGGCGGAGGAUUUGUGCUGAUUGUGUCGACAACUGUAGUAGGUAUUAUAUUGAUUUUGAGUCUGACGUAUGACGUGUCACGUAAGGCUAGGUAUGCGUUGACACGUAAUCGUAAUCUUCAUCAUCAUCAUCCUACUCAGCAGCUUUAUCAGCCACGUCAUCAUUCCGACGAGUUGUGCCGAGGUGGCAUAUGUUGGCACGGCGUCGCCGAUAGGUCUCCGGCGUCUCAGGUUCGGUUCCGGCUUCCUCAACAUCUGCAGCCUCGUUAGCAAUUUUAUAAGAGCGCUCGAACAUUGACAAUUGUGGUGAAAUUAGAGUAAAUAGUGACCGGAAAGAGAAAUCAGCAUCGCAUUUUGGGCAUGUAAAUAUACAUAUAAAAAUGAGAGUGCUGAUGAUACUGCCUGCUAUUUCCAGCACUAAAGCAUGUGACCUCAUGGUCACAACAACUAUACAGGUUAAGGCUCCCCUUGAAUUAAUGUUUAUUUUCUACUGUUUUUGAAAAUACGAAGUAUAGUACAUAUCAA